AUGCUCGCGCGUCGUCGGCCUCACGUUGCACCCCACGUGCGUCGCGCUGCCCUACGAGCGCUGAGCAGCGCCGUCGCGCCUUCCCAUUUCGAUGUAGUCGUGGUAGGCGGUGGCCACGCCGGCUGCGAGGCAGCUGCUGCCGCCUCUAGAACGGGUGCUAAAACCGCAUUGGUCACACAAAAGUUGGCAACAAUUGGCGAAAUGUCGUGCAAUCCGUCCAUUGGUGGUGUGGGCAAAGGCACUUUAGUGCGUGAAGUGGACGCAAUGGGUGGCCUCAUGGGUCAAGUGGCCGACUCUGCCGGUAUCCAGUUCCGUAUGCUUAAUUCGGCCAAGGGACCAGCGGUGAGAGGCCCGCGAGCUCAGAUGGAUCGAGAUUUGUACCAGCAAGGCAUGCAGAAGGCACUUCAGGAGUUACCGAACCUCUGGCUGGUAGAAGAUGGAGUGGAUGAUCUCAUGCUGGAGAAAUUGAGUCAAAGCGAGGGAGACGUGGAGGAGCGUGUGAAGGGCGUGGUGACUUCUUCCGGUCGGGAGAUCGAGGCAUCUCAGGUGGUUAUUACGACGGGAACAUUCAUCCGCGGUAUGAUUUACCAGGGCCCCGAUAUUCGCAUCCCGGCUGGACGACACAUGCGCGAUACUGACGGACUCGAGCCCCCGGCAGUUGGACUGGCGCAGACAUUGGAGCGCUGCAAAUUCCCACUUGGUCGACUGAAAACCGGCACUCCACCGCGUCUUGACGCACGCACGAUUGACUAUUCAGGUCUCGAAAUUCAGCCAAGUGACAACCCGCCAAAGCCGUUUUCGUUCCUAAACGAGCAUAAGCAGGUGCCGCUGGCGGACAAGCAGGUGGUUUGCCACGCUACCUACACCAACGAGGAAAGCCAUCGCAUUGUACGCGAGAAUUUGCACAUGUUGCCACAAUAUGACGGUGGACGGGAUGGCGAGGGCGUGGGUCCACGUUACUGCCCUUCGAUCGAUGCUAAGGUCGUUCGAUUCGCUGAUCGUUCGAGACAUCAGCUGUGGCUUGAGCCUGAGGGUUUGAAUACGCACCUGGUGUACCCGAACGGCAUCAGUACUGCACUGCCUGAAAAUCUACAGCUCGAGUUGUUGCGUACUAUCAAGGGACUGGAAAAAGUGGAGAUUGUGCGUGCAGGAUACUCUGUUGAGUAUGACUACGUGGACCCAAGAUCGCUGCAUCCUACACUCGAAACGAAGAAGCUGUCUGGACUGUACUUGGCUGGUCAGAUCAAUGGCACUACGGGGUAUGAAGAAGCAGCAGCACAGGGUAUCGUGGCUGGUAUGAACGCUGGAUUGAGUGCUAUGGGAAGGGAACCACUGAUCCUCGACCGCGCCGACGCCUUCACCGGUGUACUGAUCGAUGAUCUCAUCUCUCUAGGCACCACAGAGCCGUACCGAAUGUUCACUUCUCGAUCGGAAUUCCGGCUGCUGCUUCGCGCAGAUAAUGCCGACCUGCGAUUGACACGCAAGGCCUUUGAACACGGCGCUGGCAUUCCAAGCGAACGCAUGGAGAAACUCGAACGUAAGGAGAAGGCCAUGGAGUAUGCGCGUAAAGCUCUGGACGAGUUUGCACGCGACCCGCACGAGUGGAAUCGCUACGGCGUUAAGGUCGGGCUUGACGGCGUGAAGCGCAGCGCCGCACAAAUCCUCGCCUUCUCGACUGUGAUGCCGCAGGACAUCGAGCGUAUCUGGCGCGAAGUUCGCUACGAACAUGCGGACGCUUUGCCUGAUGAGAUCAAGGAGUUCAUGAAGACCGAGUGCCUGUAUGCGACGCAGCUGCGUGCGCAACACCACGAGAUCCGCGUUUUCCGUAACAAGCAGCACGUACAGAUCCCCGAGUGGGUGGACUACUCCGAGUUACCCAUGAUCUCGAACGAGGAGCGCGAGAAGCUGCAACAAGCACAACCCGCUACAAUCCACGCGGCCAGCCGCAUCGCUGGGAUCCGAUCGGCGACACUGCUGCUACUCUACCAGUACGCAAUGCGCCAGCCCCAUGAUGGACUCACAAAGAAACAACGAAGACGCAGAGCCAUCGCUCAACGCAGCAGUAAGCAGGAAGAAGCCGCGGCGACGUAA